AUGACUGAAAGAACAAUUAUGAUAUCAAAUGAAUCAUCUGAUAUAAAACUUGAUCCAACAGAGGAACAAAUUUUAAAAGAUCAGAUUAAUGUCAUUGAAGGAAAAGGAUCAUAUAUUUCUUUAUAUAGAUUCGCUACAAAACUUGACUGGUUUAUAAUGUUUAUUGGGUUAGUGACUUCAUUAGUUGCAGGAACUGCCAUGGCUUCAAGAUCAGUCCUUUAUGGAAUAAUGACCGAUUAUUAUGUUCGUUUUCAAGCUCGGUCGAUAAACGCUAACGAGUUUUCCGAUGACAUAAACUACUUUUUAUUUGCUUAUGUAUAUAUUGCAAUUAUCAUUUUCUUUACUACGUAUAUAUCUAUAACUGCUUGGGUAUACACUGGUGAAAGAAUCGCACGACAAAUCCGUGAACAAUAUUUUCGUGCAGUUCUUAGACAAAAUAUAGCUUAUUUUGACGAAUAUGGCUCAGGUGAUGUUACUACUCGUAUUACUUCUGAUAUACAUAUGAUACAAGAUGGUAUCAGUGAAAAAGCUUCUAUUAUUGUUCUAUAUAUUGCAAAUUUCAUUGCGUCAUUCAUUAUGGCACUUAUGUUAAGUUGGAAAAUGACACUCUUAACAUGCAUCAUUGUCCCUAUUCUUAUUAUCAAUAGUACUUUAAUGAAUAAAUAUAGUACUAUUUUUGCGAAAAGGUGCCUGGAUUUCUAUUCUCGUGCUGGAAAAAUCGCCGAAGAUUCUAUUUCAACCAUCAGAGUUGCGGUGGCCUUUGGUGCUCAAAAGAAACUCUCUAGCCUUUAUGAUGCUUACUUAAGUAAUGCAAGAAAAGAAGGUUUUAAAAAAUCUUUAUUAAUUAGUUUAACUCUUGGCAUAAUGUAUUCUGGAAUCCCUGCAUUUAAUGCUUUGGUCAUCUGGAUUGGUUCAACAAUGAUUAUUAAUAAUGAAAUAUCUCCCGGACAAGUCAUUGGUGUAUACUCUUUGAUUGUAGGUGGAUAUAUGAGUCUUUCCAAUUUUUUUGACUAUAUUCAAGCUCUUAGUCUUGCUACUAGUGCUAGUUCAAAAAUAUUUGAAACUAUUGAUCGUGUUCCCUCAAUUGAUAUUGCUUCUGAUACCGGUGAUAAACCUGAAGAUGUUGUGGGUCAUAUUCAAUUUAAAAAUAUAAAAUUCAUUUAUCCAACUCGCCCUGAUGUUAAAAUUUUAAAUGAUAUAUCAUUAGAAGUUGAACCUGGUUCUAUUGUUGCUCUUGUUGGUUCUUCAGGUUCUGGUAAAAGUACAAUCGUAUCUUUAAUACUACGUUUCUAUGACCCUCUCUCUGGUGGUAUAUUUCUUGAUGGACGUAAUAUCAAAUCUCUUAAUUUAACUUGGCUUAGAAGACAAAUAAGUCUUGUAAGUCAAGAACCUGUACUUUUUAAAACUACUAUAGCUGAAAAUGUAUCUUAUGGACUAGUUGGUUCUAUUUAUGAAAAUUUAUCUGAUAUUCAAAAACGUGAAAAAAUUGAAAAUGCUUGUAAGGUAGCUAAUGCUCACGAUUUUAUUAUGGAUCUUCCUGAUAACUAUGAAACUAUGGUUGGUGAACGUGGAAUCUUAUUAUCUGGUGGACAAAAGCAACGUAUUGCAAUUGCUCGUGCUAUUAUUAAGGACCCGAAGAUUCUAUUACUCGACGAAGCUACUAGUGCUCUUGAUACACAAAGUGAGAAUAUAGUCCAAAAUGCUUUAGACAAAGCUUCAAAGGGUCGUACAACAAUAGUUAUUGCUCAUCGUUUAUCCACUAUUCGCAACGCGACAAAAAUUAUUGUAAUGAACAAAGGUGUUAUUGUGGAAUCAGGUACACACAAAGAACUAAUAGAUAAACGAGGUUCUUAUUUUAAACUUGUUGAAAUUCAACAGAUUCAACAGACUUUAAAGACUGAAGAAAACUUUAAUAUAACUACUCCGAAAGAUGAAGAUGCUACAUCAUUCACUAUUAUGGAAAAUAAUAGCCAGUUAUUUGAUGACUCUUCUCGUCCUAUUUUGCCUAAGCAAAAAAAUGAUGUUGAAAUAGGAUUAAAACAUAAUGGCCAUAAUUAUACUACUUGGGAAUUAACCAAGAAGGUAUCAAUCUUCAAUAGACCUGAAUUUCUUAUGCUUUCCAUAGGUAUAAUAACAUCAAUCAUUCAUGGUUGCAUUUUUUCAUUUUAUGCUAUUGUUUUUGCCAAUGUUAUUCAAGCAUUCUCCAAAUCAGGUGAAACCUUACGUCAGGAAGCAAAUUUCUGGGCUCUUAUGAUUUUUGUAUUUGCUGCAGUAACCUUUUUGGUGAAUUUCGUCCAAAAUCUUACUUUUGGAUUUGCAAGUGAAAAACUUUCUGAAAGACUUCGUUCCAUGUUUUUUGCUUCUAUUUUACGACAAGAUAUUUCAUUCUUUGAUGAUGAUGAUCAUAGUGUGGGCGUUUUGACUAGUCAUUUAUCAUUAGAUGUAACUCAGAUUAGUAGUUUAACUGGUGUUGCACUUGGAAAUUUAAUACAAAUAACGGUUUUGAUAAUUUCUUCUAUAACAGUAUCUCUUAUAGUUGGUUGGAAGCUCACCUUGGUCUGUUUAUGUGCUAUACCUUUAAUGAUUGGAUCUGGUACACUACGUAUAAGAAUGUUAAAUAAUUUCCAACAAAAAACUAAGAAAGCUUAUGAAUAUUCUGCACAAAUAGCUUGUGAAGGUGCUGCUAAUAUUCGAACAGUAGCUGCUCUCACUCGUGAAAAUACUUUAUGGAAAAAAUAUCAUAAUUUAUUGGAUGAACCUACACGUCAAGGUUUUAAAAAUGCUUACUUGGCCUCUAUUCCUUUUGCUUUUGCAAAUUGUAUCAACUUUUUAUUAAGUGCUUUAGCAUUUUGGUAUGGUAGUAAAUUAUUUGUAGAUAAUGAAUAUGAUAUUAAAAAAGUUUAUACAAUUUAUAUAGCAAUUGUAGUUGGAUCAUCAUUUACCGGUCGUUACUUUGUUUAUGCACCUGAUAUUGCUAAAGCAAAAUCUGCAUCUGCCUCUAUAAUAUCAAUAUUAGAACGUGUUCCUAAAAUAGAUACAUGGAAAAAUAGUGAAAAAUUUGAACCUGUAAAUGGUCACCUUAAAUUCUCAAACGUUCAUUUCUAUUAUCUUACUCGACCUAACGCUCCAGUUCUCCGAGGUUUAAAUUUUGAGGUCAAGCCUGGUCAAUAUGCGGCAUUAGUUGGUCCAUCAGGAUGUGGUAAAAGUACCAUAAUAAGUCUUAUUGAAAGAUUUUAUGAAGUAACUGAUGGUACAAUUAUAAUUGAUGAAAUGAAUAUUGCUAAAAUGAAUGUGAACAAUCUUCGAGAGCAUAUUGCUCUUGUAAGUCAAGAACCAACUUUAUAUGAUAUGACUAUAAAGGAAAACCUUCUUUUGGGUUGCCUACCUGAACAAAGUGUUACUCAGAAUGACCUAGAAAAAGUAUGUCGAGAAGCAAAUAUUCAUGAAUUUAUUAUUGAGUUACCUAAUGGUUAUGAUACACGAGUUGGUGCAAAAGGAGUACAACUUUCUGGCGGUCAAAAGCAACGAAUUGCUAUUGCCAGAGCACUUAUUCGAAAUCCCAAAAUUUUAUUACUUGAUGAAGCAACAUCAGCUCUAGAUUCAGAAUCCGAAAAAGUUGUACAAAAGGCUCUUGAUGCAGCUGCUCAUGGGAGAACAACCAUAGCAAUUGCACAUAGAUUAUCAACAAUUCAACAUGCUGAUGUUAUAUUUGUUAUAAAAGAUGGUAAAGUUCAUGAACAAGGUACACAUCAAGAAUUAUUAAGACUACAAGGAAUUUAUCAUACGAUGAUACAAAAUCAAGAUCUGGGAGAAUCAAAUUUAUAA